AGGCGCGGUUCGUGUGCGUCACUUCCGCCGCGGUAGCGCUGACUCGUCUUUGCGGCGUUCGCGGCGGGAGAGACGAUGAAGCUCCUGCUGCUCGCCGUGUUUGCCCUGGUGUCUGUGGCUCACUGCGAGGACGGUGCCAGGCUGCUGGCCUCCAAAUCCCUGUUAAACAGAUAUGCAGUGGAGGGCAAGGACUUGACUUUGCAGUACAACAUCUACAAUGUUGGCUCCAGUGCUGCCCUAGAUGUGGAGCUGUCGGAUGAUUCCUUCCCCCCAGAAGAUUUUGGCAUCGUCUCUGGCAUGCUCAACGUCAAGUGGGACAGAAUUGCUCCAGCCAGCAAUGUGUCCCACACUGUGGUUCUACGGCCUCUCAAGGCUGGCUACUUCAACUUCACCUCUGCCACCAUCACGUACCUGGCACAGGAGGGUGCCCAGGUGGUGGUUGGCUUCACCAGUGCUCCUGGGCAGGGAGGAAUCCUGGCUCAGCGUGACUUCGACAGGAGGUUCUCCCCUCACUUUCUGGACUGGGCAGCAUUUGGUGUGAUGACCUUGCCCUCCAUCGGGAUCCCCCUGCUGCUCUGGUACUCGAGCAAGAGAAAGUAUGACACCCCCAAGAGCAAAAAGAACUGAGCAGAGUCCGAUGCCAGCGGCAGCCCAGAGCUCGGGAAAGGACACCUCUGGAGCCCCAAGAACAGCAGCAGGGUCGGGAUGGCACCGUGCCCUGCGAGGUGCUGCUUGUGCCAUGCUGCAGCCCCUGGGCAAAGGAUUCUGGGGCUGCAGCAGCAGCUGUGAGGUGUCCUCUGUGUUCUAACGGAGAAACAAACAGAAAAAAGAACAACCACAAGUCCCAAA